CCCGCCAACAUCAGCGAUCAAAUCUAGCCGAGUCGUGAAGCCACUCACCCCCCACCGCCACCCCCCUCCCCUUCUCUUGCAGGAAGAGAUGAUCGCCAAGCUGGAACAGAUGCAGGUUCCGGGCGUGGAGAUCCCGCCGCGUGAGAACGAGCAUCACUUUCGCGAGCUGACUGAAGCGUACGCAAAGGCGAUGGCUGGCGACCGGGCGCCAUCAAACUCCGGCGGCGCGAGUUGGCGCAAGCGCGCCCCAAUGCCGCCUGUCGACGGCCUGCCCGACGAGCUCAUGGCCGGGCUCGGCUCCGGGGCGGCAGGGCCGAGCGCCGGCAGCCUCGACAUCGACGACGAAAGCUGGACUAGCGGGACGGUGCAAAGGCUGAUCUUUGGCGUCGUCUUUGCUGUCUUUCUCUACCGCAUGCUCGCAAUGAUCCUCAACUCACCGGCGCUUGCCCGUGACGAUCCGGCGUACGAGGCGACGCUGGGUCGGCACCCGACCGGCGGCCUUGGCCCAUAAUCAUACGUUUGGAAGCUUUACCCCCGGCCGGUGAUUCCUUACUCGUCGUCGUCAUCAAACCGGGCUGGGAUGACGACGCGCUGGACGCCGCCGAUGAUCUCGACCAGGCGGACAACCUGGUGGACGUAGCCGAGCUCGUUGUCGUACCAGCAGUAGAUGUUGGUCCGGUUGCCGUGGACAAUGGUCGACGGCGAGUCGACGAUGGUCGUCGCGGUCGACGAGACCAUGUCAGUCGACGCGGCCUCGCGCGAGUCCGAGUACAUGACCUGCUGCUGGAGCGGGCCGGCGAGCGCGGCGUGGCGGAGGGCGUUGUUGACCUCGUCUACGGUCGUGUCGCGCUUGAGCGUCACAAUGAGGAUGGCCAUCGAGACGUCGGGCGUCGGGCACCGGAUGGCCGAGCCGGUGACCUUGCCCGCGAGCUGCGGGAGCGCGCCGGCCACGGCCUUGGCCGCCCCGGUCUCGGUGAGGACAAGGUUGAGUGGCGCGGCGCGGCCACGACGUUCCUUCUUGUGGAAGUUGUCCAGCAGGUUCUGGUCGUUGGUAAAGGCAUGGAUGGUC